AAGUUUUAUGAAGAAGAAGUGCGCACUCUCACCCGCAACAUAGGACAACCAGAGUCUGUUGGGUUCCCACGCUAGGAUGCAGGACAACGACGUACCUAGUGCAGAGAUGGACGAACAACGUGAUCGCCCAGGUUACUUCAAGAAAGAGGAUCACGCCCGACGCCGCCCUGCAAUUAAAAGUGCAUAGCUCGAAUCAAGAAAGAUCCGAUGUGACGUAAAGAUUUUGCGCACCACAUCGAUAGAGGAGAUGGUUUGAAAAAUUUAUCUCGUUGAUAAAACAGCAUCUCUCUGUUUCUCGGAUGUGGGAGAAAUGGGAGCAGACACCAUCGAGAAUUUAUUGUUCACGCGAAAAGGAGCAACGUGUCUACGCGCAGCCACACUUUUCGCAGGCACACGCACGCAACGGACGAACUACUCGCCGAUCUCGAGGAAAACGAUGACGGGGAUAUGCUCAUAGAGGAAUCGGAACCGAAUUUUCUUCCAACUUCGGUUUCCAAAGUCAUAGAAGAAGAAAUAAAGGUGUCUACUGUUCGAGAAUUGGCCAAGUUACGGGAUUCGGAACAAUUGCAAAAAGUUAUAAUAGAGAUUGAAAAACACAGCAAGAUACCGAGAAAGUCAACUGACAUUAUAGGACCUGUCGAGUCUGAUCCGGAAUAUCAGUUGAUAGUUGAAGCUAAUAACAUGGCAGUUGAUAUUGAUAACGAAAUAGCUAUUAUACAUAGAUUCACAAGAGAUAAGUAUUCAAAAAGAUUUCCAGAGUUGGAAUCUUUAGUAGUAGGGCCAUUAGAGUAUUUAAUGACUGUUAGAGAAUUGGGCAAUGAUCUGGACAAGGCCAAGAACAAUGAGAUACUACAACAGUUUCUCACUCAAGCCACUAUCAUGGUUGUUUCUGUGACAGCCUCAACCACUCAAGGACAAUUACUAACAGAGGAGGAAAAAGAAGCUAUUUGUGAAGCUUGUGACAUGGCGGUGGAAUUGAAUAAUUAUAAACUGAAGAUAUUUGAAUAUGUAGAAAGUAGAAUGGCAUUUAUUGCGCCAAAUCUAUCGAUAAUUGUCGGUGCAUCAACAGCUGCCAAGAUAAUGGGUGUGGCGGGUGGUCUGACAAAGCUGUCCAAUAUGCCAGCUUGUAACCUUCUAGUCUUGGGAUCUCAAAAGACCACGCUCUCUGGAUUUUCGCAAGUCACCACUUUACCUCACACCGGAUUCAUCUAUUACUCGGAUAUCGUACAAGAAACACCUCCGGAUCUACGAAGAAAAGCGGCGAGGCUAGUAGCGGCUAAGAGCAUGCUGGCGGCCAGAGUGGACGCCUGCCACGAGAGCACGGACGGUCACAUCGGCCAGAUGCUACGCGAGGAGAUUGAAAAGAAGCUGGACAAGUUGCAAGAGCCACCGCCGGUGAAGUUCGUGAAACCGCUGCCGAAACCGAUCGAUCCCGGUCGGAAAAAACGCGGAGGUAAACGCGUCCGCAAGAUGAAGGAGCGCUACGCAAUCACCGAGUUCAGAAAACACGCCAAUAGGAUGAACUUCGCGGACAUUGAAAAUGACGCCUACCAAGAGGAUCUCGGCUACACGCGAGGAACAAUCGGUAAGGCCGGCACGGGUCGAAUCAGACUGCCACAGAUCGACGAAAAGACGAAGGUCAGAAUAUCUAAGACGCUUCAGAAGAACCUGCAGAAGCAACAACAAUGGGGUGGGAGCACUACUGUCAAAAAGCAAGUCUCCGGUACCGCUUCCAGUGUCGCUUUCACACCUUUACAAGGUCUUGAAAUUGUCAAUCCACAAGCUGCGGAGAAGAAGGUGAACGAGGCAAAUGCAAAAUACUUCUCUAACACAGCCGGCUUCUUGAAAGUCAAGAAAAAUUAAUAUUAUAUCAAAAAAUAUAUUAU